AAAAACGACACAUGAAUAUUUAAUGAAAUUAUCAAGAAAGCAUCUUUACUCAAGACUGUCAGACAGCAGCAUUACAUAAUGUACAUUUCCUUGUCCUAAACUCCUACUAGUAAUACUCAAUUCCCACGUUCCCCGAGGAAGAACAACAAUACGAUGACUCGGGCCUCGAUUAUAUUACUCAUCGCGAUCUUAAUCGCCGCCGCACGAGGCGGAGCGUUGACGUUUGACGAUGAUAAUCCGAUCAGGCAAGUUGUAGUAUCCGACGGUUUGCAGGAGCUGGAGAAUGGAAUUCUCCAAGUCAUCGGCCAAACGCGCCGUGCUCUCUCCUUCGUUCGCUUUGUUCGCAGGUAUGGGAAGAGAUACGAGUCAGUUGAGGAGAUCAAGCAAAGGUUCGAGAUAUACUUGGACAAUCUGAAGAUGAUUAGAUCUCACAACAAGCAACUACUUUCCUACAAACUUGGUGUCAAUGAGUUUACCGACCUAACAUGGGACGAGUUUAAGAGAGAAAGGCUAGGAGCUCCCCAAAACUGUUCCGCUACCACAAAGAGCGAUCUUCAGCUCACUAAUGUCAACCUACCAGAGACGAAAGACUGGAGGGAAGCAGGGAUAGUAAGCCCAGUGAAGAAGCAGGGCAAGUGCGGGUCUUGCUGGACAUUCAGCACUACUGGUGCUCUGGAGGCAGCAUAUGCCCAGGCAUUUGGGAAGAACAUCUCUUUGUCUGAACAGCAGCUCUUGGACUGUGCUGGAGGUUUUAAUAACUUUGGAUGCCAUGGAGGGCUUCCAUCACAGGCUUUUGAGUACAUUAAAUACAGUGGUGGUCUUGACACUGAAGAAGACUAUCCUUAUGCUGGAAAGGCUGGUGUAUGCAAAUUCUCGUCAGAAAAUGUUGCUGUUAAAGUUGUUGGUUCUGUUAAUAUCACCAAGGAUGCUGAAGAUGAACUAAAAUACGCGGUUGCAUUUAUUAGACCGGUUAGUGUAGCUUAUCAGGUGGUAAAAGGUUUCAAACAGUACAAGGGUGGAAUUUACAGCAGCACCGUAUGUGGCAACACUCCCCAAGAUGUGAACCAUGCUGUUCUUGCUGUGGGAUAUGGUGUUGAAAAUGGUACUCCGUAUUGGCUGAUCAAGAACUCAUGGGGAGCUGAAUGGGGUGACAAUGGAUACUUCAAAAUGGAGAUGGGAAAGAACAUGUGUGGUAUUGCAACUUGCGCAUCAUACCCUAUUGUUGCUUGAAUUCCCAUAUCAGAUCUUGUUCAAGUUGGCUUGCGACAAGUAUCCAUGCCCAGUGUUAGAUUUAUGUUAAAAGGCUGAUGAAGGAUUCCAUAUACAGAGUUUACGUUGAUUCUUGUGCAGGAAAGUUCUCUGUAACUGUAAAUAAUGAGUUAAGGAUAUUGGACUGUCAAAGAUGUUAUUGAUGAACUGAUUUGCUUGGCUGAAUAAUUUUUAUUCCUUUAUAUUACUAAUAAAAUAUUUCUCAUCCUUGCCUCUAGGAUGUUUAAAUCGAA